AUGGGUUCGGCCGCCGAAACGAACAAGGAUAAGGCUGCCACGAUCGUCUCGGCGAUUGCGAGCCAGUCGGCGGCGCUUGAAGAGCCCCUGGAGGUUCCAGGUGGCACCCCGUUCGGGCAGGUUUGCGACGCGGCGGCGGCCGUGGAGAUGGGCGCCACGAAGAUCCAGAUGAUCUUCGCCGACGGCGCGGACGUGCCCGAGGACGCCGCCGGGUCCGCGCUGGAGACGUUUCACAUGAACGUUAUCACGUUCAUCGCGUACUGCCAGUCAGCCAUGGGCACUCAGGGCAAGACCUUCGACGCGGGCCUCAGGGAUGCGGCGAAGGUGCUGUGCAAAUCCGCGGGGAGGCUCGUGGCGACGGCGACCGAAUCGGCCGAGCCCAGCGGCUCCCUCAGGGCUGUGCUCGGCGAGUGCUGGGAGGCGGUCAAGGACAUCAAGAAGCUCCCAAAGGAUGGUCGCGUCGCCAUAUCCAAGGCGCUCAUGCGCGUCGCCACCUUCAUCAAGGACACGAGCACCGAACUGUCCGAGCUGGGCGAGGGCGCGCAGGACGAGGGCGGCAACCCGGAGGACCCGGACGAGGACGACCUCCGCUUCCACGACGAGGACUUCACCGCGGAAGAGAUGAGGGUCGCCAGGGCGUGCGCCGAGUUUGCGUCCGCGUCGUUCGAGUUCGUCCGCAAGAUCGUCGCGCCGAUCGUGCGGGGAUCCGCGAGCGACGUCGACGCGCUGGAGCGGGCGCUAGACUCGAGUAAAAAGUUUCAGGUGCGCCUCGAGGAUGUGGGCGCGGGGGUGUACCCGCCGCAAGACGGCGGCGCGCUGAUCGAGGACGCGUCGAAGGCGAUGGAAGAGGGAAGGACGAUGGGUAAGGAGAUCGCGGAGGCUGGAGGCGUCGAGGGGGCGGAGGAGGCAGUCGCAGAGUUGGAGGGUGCUUUCAACAAGUUGCGCGACGCACUCGGAGAGAAGUAGGCAGCGGUCAAGCAACGUAGUUUGUCUCGUGCGAGGUAUUCGUAAUCGCGC